AUGAAGAUGGUGACAGUCAGCAUUUUACUGACUGUUUUCUUUGUUUCAGGUGCUUUGGCUGAUUAUGCUGACUGGAUAAAACUCUACAUGACUGCCCCAAAGCAGCUGGAAGCACUGAGUGGAUCUUGUUUGCAUAUUCAAUGUAACUUCAGACCCAAAGAUGAACAGAAAUUUAACAGAAAAAGAAAAAUCUUUGGAGUGUGGAUUAAAAAUAAUGGUGACUUUGGCAAAUAUCCAAACAAUGUGAUCUUCAACAGUAGUGGAGCAGUUAGCAUCUAUCCAAUGAGUAUUACUGGGAACCUGAGUCAGAGAGACUGCACCACUCUGUUUUCUAAUUUAACCACAAACUACACAGACACAUACUUCUUCAGAGUAGAGAGAGAAACAUUCAAGGCAACAGCUCGUUGUGAUCCUCUUCAAAUAACAGUCAGAGAUUCUCCUUGGAGGCCCAAUAUUACAAUCCCAGGUGAUCUGAAGGAGAAGGAGUCUGUCACUAUAACCUGCUCAGCUCUCACUCCCUGUCCACACUCCCCUCCUCAACUCACCUGGAAUCUCCAACAAGACUCUCACAACAAAAUAGAGGAAAACACAGAUGGAAGCUUUACAACUAAAAUCCAGCAGACCAUCACUCUGUCAGACACACAUGAUGGAAAGAAGAUCAGCUGCUCUGCCAGAUAUCCUGUGAACCAAGGAAAAGACACCAAGACAGCAGAGACAGAAGAGACUCUCAGUGUUUCAUAUGCUCCUAAAGACACCUCAGCAUCCAUCAGUCCAUCAGGUUUGGUGUCAGCAGGCAGCUGGGUGAAGCUGACCUGCUCCAGCAGAGCCAAACCUCCAGUCAGCAGCUUCACCUGGUUCAAGAAGAGCAGAGAUGGAGCUGUGAAAGUAUCUGAAGGAGAGAUUUACAGCUUCAAUGUAACAGAUGGAGGAGUUUAUUACUGUGUGGCCACUAAUGAUCUGGGUAAUCAGGCAUCAGCAGAGAUUAACGUGACUGUUGGAGGUGGAAACCUGGUUGGUGUCUAUACUAUAGUGAAGACUGUAGGAAUCAUAAUGCUCGUGAGCACACUGAUCAUAUUUGAGUGCUGGUUCAGAUCAAGACACUCCAACAAAUCAGAGACUGAAAGCUGUCAGAUGAGCAGAGUCACAUCACAACACAUCAACUAACGUUUCCACAGGAGG